GCCUGUUCUCAACCGCCGUCGAGCUCUCGCGUCCUCACACAAUGACACCUCCGAAGCCGGGAAAGAAGGCGACCACGCAGAAGAGGGAAAAACUCUUCCAUCCCCAGUCGCGGAAGGCAGAGCAGUUGAUGAGAGUGCAGCAGCGUAAAAGCAAGCUCGCAGACUUGGCGAAGGCUCGGGUAGAUAAACAAAAGACUCAAGCGGACAUAUUCUCGUUCUUUUACCAUGCCUUGCCUGCGGAGGAUGUUCUGUCAUUAGAGACUCUGCACGUCAUCGUCCGAGACGUCUGGCUCAAGAGGUUCGAUGAAGACUUGGAGGAAGAGAAGAAGUCUCGGAGGAAAGGCCGUCCAAAGAGCACGCGGGAACAGAAGCUUGAGGAGCUCAUAUCGCAGGAGGCAGAGCUCUACCGCACGGGAAUGGAUGUGCUUGACCUAACGAAUCCUCCGAAUGUGGAGUUGUUCCGGAUGUGGGACCAGAAAGAAGUCGCAUACAUCAAGCAGCUCCGAUUUAUUCGGAUUUCGAGCGAGAAACCAGAUUGCGUCGUCGUUUCGAAAGCCGGAAAACAUCCGUUCCUUGUCCGAAUCAUCGAUCGCCCCGUAGGACCACAGGAUGAGCAAAUGGACACGGACGAGGCACCUCUACUCAUGGAACCCCCCUCACGAUUCGCAUCGACAAUUGUGUCCAUGGACGGACCUGCGUAGUAUCUGUGCCGGUUCUCAUGUGCGCUUGUACCCUCUGGCAUCUCAGCAAGUCAAUAUAUCGCAGACACGCAAGAUUCUCCUUAUUAUAUCACAAGCCCCGCAGUACGGCAAAAGCAAGUGCCUACUUAAUAUCUUCCCUCCACACUUCUAUAUCACAUCCUCCACAUUACGACCCAUCACCCGUCUGCACGGCGGGUCGUGCUUGUCAAUGUCAUCAUACGCGAUUCUACCAUCGCACUCGUCCGUCGUUCAGCUCACUGCGCGUACACCACCUCUACGAACCGCUCGUCGUCUUCCACUUCGUGGCUACGACUAGCCGGAGGUAAAUCCUGCGAGUCCAAGUCCCACCCCCUCCUCAGCCGGUUGUACACCAGCUUCAGCGUCGUCGCCGCGCCCUUCUCCAGCACCAAGCUCAGCAGCACCGCGUAGC